AUGGGCGAGCUCGAAGACGCAAUCGCCCGCGCCGUAAUCAGCGCCUACAAUGCGCUCCCGGCAAAGAGCAAGCCUAAGCCCCGCCCCGACGCUACGGAAUGGGUCCCGCUGUCGGGCGUGGUUCUGGAAACGGGGGAGGGCGAGGCUGUGUGUGCUGCGCUGGGGACUGGGAUGAAGUGUCUUCCGCACUCCAAGAUCCCGCUGGCGAAGGGACUGGUGCUGCAUGAUUGCCAUGCUGAAGUUGAGUUUAUCAUGCGCUUUGUGGCUUUGUGGUGCGUUAUUGCGAUUAGGGCUUUUAAUUGUUUCAUAAUCGAAGAAUGCUUCAAGCUCGCCAGCGACAGCACCUACACCUCCCAGUUCGUACAUCGGCGCAGUGCUGAAGAUAUCACCGAAGACUCACCGCAGCCCUUUACAAUCCGCUCCGACGUGAAGGUUCAUUUCUACUCGUCCGAAGCACCCUGCGGCGACGGCAGCAUGGAACUCACAAUGUCCGCCCAGUCCGACGCCACCCCCUGGGCCCUCCCCACAAGCACCCCCACCCCGCCAAGCACCACCGCCUCUACUCCUGCCACCAGCACCCUCCUCCGCGGCCGCGGCUACUUCUCCUCCCUCGGCACAAUCCGCACCAAGCCCGGCCGCGCCGACUCCCCACCGACGCUCUCCAAAUCCUGCAGCGACAAGCUCUCCCUGCGCCAAUGCACCAGUCUCCUCCUCACCCCCGCCGCCCUCCUCGUAUCCCCUCACCACGCCUACGCCUCUACCGUCGUCCUACCAGAGACAGAGUACUCCGCAACUUCUGUCCAGCGGGCCUUCAGCGCAAGUGGCCGCAUGGCGCCGCUGGUGGGCCGGAGGUGGCGGGGCGGGUAUGAGUUCCGUCCGUUUGCGGUGCGGACGACGGGGGUGGUGUUUGGGUGCUCGAAGAGGGCGGCGGAGCGGGCGACGCCCGGGAGGGCCGUGGGGAGUAAUGUGACGGCGGUGUGGGUGCGGGGGGUGGGGGGUGAGACGUUGAUAGGGGGGGUGUUGCAGGGACGGAAGCAGUGGGCGGGGGUGGCGGGGGCGAGUAGGGUCUGUAAAGCAAGGGUCUGGAAGGCGGUUAGUGUUGUUGCGGGGGUGCUGGGGGAGAGGGCGCUGGUGGGGGCGGUGGCGGCGGAGACGUAUGAGGGGGUGAAGAGGGGGGCGCGGAUGGUGGAGAGGGGGAGGGUGAAGGAGGAGACGAGGGAGGUGCUGGGCGGGUGGGAGAGGAAUGGGAGCGGGGAGUUUGGGAUGAUGGAGUAG